GUAUUAGUAAUUCAGGCGUCUUGCGCAAAAGGCUUCGUUAUAAGUAUGAAAGGAACUGAGCGCACGUUUUUUUCAUGACAACAUCACAAACAUGGGUGAGGUGCGAGCGUGUCUUUAUUUUUCUGUGAUUCUCCUGUGCUUCCAAAUUUCUGUAUCGAAGCCCUUCUUCGGCACCAGAUUUUGGUGCGAAGUUUUCUGUGAAGACGACGAUGUCUCAGCUUCAACCACCACCACGGUCAGUUCCGGAGACUACCUGGAUGAUUUCUGUGCCGACUGUCCUCCAACUAGACGACCCAGACCUCCGACUACAAGGAUGCCACCAAUGCCUGCGAAUGUAUGGAUGCCAGGCGCCCCAGGAAUGCCGCCAGUCGGUCCAGGAAAUCAGGGACCUGUUAAUUAUUUCGUGAUUCCUCCUCAAAGCGGCGCAAACUUCAGUAUGGCACCGAAUGGAGGCAACGGUUGGUGGAACAUGGUCUUCUCGCCUUACAACCCUGCUGGUCCUGCAGGUCCUGCAGGGCCUCCUAGCGCUACUCCUGCCCCGGUUCCAGCACCAACGACGGCUGCAGCAGGAGCUACUCCCGAGGCCACAACUGCUGCAGCUACUACUGCCGCCCCAGCCGCCAGAAAGUGAUUUGUACUAAUUGAGAUUGUGCCUUUCUUAGUUCAUAAGAUUUGCUUCAGUCAUUACGAUGAUUGAAGAGUUAUUCGUUGUUUGUUAUCAUUGAAGUUUUGAGGGUUUCUGUGUUGUUGGGGAUGUGAAAUUGUUUUGAUAAACUCAAUA